UCCCAUCUCCUGGAGGCCGUCCUCCAGGACCCUUCCAGUGCCCCUUGAGGACUCUAACUUGCCCUCUGUCUGUCAUAUUUCCUGGAGGUCGCCCCCUGCCAUCCCCCUCCAGUCAGCUCCUGUGCCAAAGUCACGCCUCCAGCACCCCAGCAAUCCUUCCCAUCAUGGGGGCUCCCCUGGUAACCCGUUUGACAACUGUACCCCAGCCAAUGACAGGCAGUAUGUCUCUGACCGCUCGUCCAUCGAGACGCUCUCCAGCGCCAACGCAGCCGGCCGCAUCCAGAGAGAGCACAUGAGGGAGGAGCUCAGCCCGCAGGAGGAGGUGGACAACACUAUGGCCCUGCAGUCAGCUUGCUGUACAGUUCUGACUGAGCUAAGUCUGGAUGACACAUCUGCUCACCACAUUGUGCAGGAAAAUGGGGUCUAUAUAAUUGCAAAGUUGAUUUUACCGCAAAACUCUGGAUUAAAGGUCUCAUCUUUACAGUGCUAUGCAUUUCGGACCCUCCGGUUUCUCUUCAGCGUGGAGAGAAACAGACAUCUGUUCAAGAGACUCUUUCCCACAGACCUCUUUGAGUUGUUUAUUGAUGUUGGACAUUAUGUUCGGGACCUCGCGGCCUACGAAGGACUGCAAACCAACGUUUCCCUCUACACUGAAGAGGAGCUGGACAGUCUGAGAGACAGCAUCGAGACUGUGGACCAGAACCGGCCUCCACUUAAAGUGAUCAAUGGUUUCUCCAUACUGGACCAUCUGGGCACCGGCGCCUUUGGAAGCGUCUUUAAGGUCCGAAAGCAGAGCGGCCAGAACCUCCUGGCUCUGAAGGAAGUGAACCUCCACAACCCGGCGUUUGGCAAAGACAAGAAGUCCAGAGACAGUAACGUGGAGAAAAUCAUCUCCGAACUCACGAUCAUCAAAGAACAGAUGACACACCCAAACAUUGUUAAAUACUACAAGACAUUUUUGGAAGGCGACAAGCUGUACAUCGUGAUGGAGCUGAUUGAAGGUGUGCCGCUGGCCGAACAUUUUAACUCUCUAAAGGAGAAACUGCAGAAAUUCACAGAAGACAGAAUUUGGAAUAUAUUCAUACAG